UUUAAACUUUCUCUCAUUCUGACAACCUGACAGCUGGACUGUAAGUCUGACUGUCACUAAUUUCGACCAAACCCUGUGAACUGAUCUCUUAGUGAGGACGCGAAAUGCUGCUGCGAAAAUCCGGACCCAGCCGAAGAUAUGCGAUCUUCUCGAUGUUCCACCAAUGCCGACUGGCGAGCUCCAAGUCGCCCUUCGAUUACGAUCUGGUGGUGCUCGGCGGUGGCUCGGCGGGAUUGGCCUGCGCCAAGGAAGCCGUCGACUGCGGUGCCCGUGUGCUCUGCUUCGACUAUGUGAAGCCCACGCCCGUAGGGACCAAGUGGGGUCUGGGAGGCACAUGCGUGAACGUGGGCUGCAUCCCCAAAAAGCUGAUGCACCAGGCCUCACUGCUGGGCGAGGCGGUGCACGAAGCAGUGGCCUACGGCUGGAACGUGAACGACAAAGAUAUCAGGCCGGACUGGCGUAAGUUGGUGCGCUCUGUGCAAAACCAUAUCAAGUCUGUAAACUGGGUGACCAGAGUGGAUCUGCGCGACAAAAAGGUGGAGUACGUCAACUCCAUGGGAACGUUCAUCGACGCGCACACCAUCGAGUAUUUCCCCAGGUCCGGCACGGCUAAGAGCAGAGUAACCGCCAAGAACGUGGUGGUGGCAGUGGGUGGGCGUCCCCGUUAUCCGUCCAUCCCCGGGGCUACCGAGUUCGGUAUAACCAGCGACGACAUCUUCAGCUAUGACCGCGAGCCGGGCCGUACCUUGGUUGUGGGUGCUGGCUAUGUGGGGCUAGAAUGCGCUUGUUUUCUGAAAGGGCUGGGCUACGACCCCACGGUAAUGGUGCGCUCGAUCGUACUCCGCGGCUUUGACCGUCAAAUGUCCGAGCUACUAGCCGCCAUGAUGUCGGAGCGUGGCAUCCCGUUUUUAGAGACUACUAUCCCAAGUUCCGUGGAGCGGCAGUCGGACGGGCGGCUGCUGGUGCGGUUCCGGAACACCACCACCCAAACAGACGGCAGCGACGUAUUUGAUACUGUUCUAUGGGCUAUCGGACGUCGAGGCUUAAUAGAAGAUCUCAACCUCGAGGCGGCUGGCGUUGAGACCCAGAACGACAAAAUUGUGGUAGACCGAUCUGAGGCCACGAAUGUGCCGCACAUCUUUGCUGUGGGCGAUAUCGUUCACGGGCGGCCGGAGCUUACUCCAGUGGCCAUCUUGGCCGGACGACUCCUGGCACGACGGCUCUUUGCUGGAUCCACGCAGCUCAUGGACUACGCGGACGUGGCCACCACAGUCUUUACUCCAGUGGAGUACGCUUGCGUCGGCAUGUCGGAGGAGAUGGCCAUCAACAAGCACGGCGCCGACAACAUUGAGGUUUUUCACGGCUACUACAAACCCACUGAGUUUUUCAUACCUCAGAAGAGUGUUCGCUUCUGCUACCUGAAGGCCGUUGCCGAAAUCGCCGGAGACCAAAAGAUCCUGGGACUACACUACAUGGGUCCUGUAGCCGGCGAAGUCAUUCAGGGUUUUGCCGCGGCCCUCAAGUCCGGCCUGACUGUGAAGACUCUACUGAAUACCGUUGGGAUCCACCCCACCACCGCCGAAGAGUUCACUCGCCUCUCCAUCACCAAGCGAUCGGGGCGUGACCCCACUCCUGCCUCUUGUUGCAGUUAGAAGUUUUUAGGUUAUUUUGCUGUGUAAAAUAAAUCAAAGUGAUUUUUGUUUAUCCCA